AAUUGAGAAUAAAAAUCCUAGCGGUGCUUCCAAAGAAGAUAUUAUAAGUACUCAAUUAUAAAUUCUUGUGCUUACUAACUUAUCUUUAUUAAAUUAUUUGCACAUGCUAACUUAUUUUUAUUUGUUUCUUAUCAAUAUGUAAUUAGUUAAACCAAGCAAAGAUGUUAUUAACUCAAUAUGAAAAAUACAAGAGAGGAUUCAAAUUUGAUCAUGUAUGGCCUAUUCUUAAAGGUAUUGAGAAAUUUGCUAAUGAUAACAUGAUGACACCCGCUUCAUCACCUUCCCCUGGUAUGAAUUCAAUUGAUCUAAAUAUGGAUAGUGAAGAUGCCAAUUUUAGUUUAUCUUCAAGACCUAUGGGUUUAAAAAAAACAAAGCUAAAACAACUUUUGGAGCAAAAUGAUAAACUUAUCAAAGCUAUUACUAAAGGUACUUCUGAAAGAAAUGAAAUUCAAAGGCAGAAGAUCGAGGUAGAUAGAAUGAAAGAAGAGAAUAAAAUAUUAUUUGCAGAUUUGAAUUCUAUAAGUGAUCCAUCCUCUCGUGCAUAUAUUGAAAAUGAGAGAAAAAGAAUUUUGGAAAAAAGAGCACAAACAAACCAACAUGAAGAAGAUGGUGAAGGCUCUCAAUAUCAUGGAUCUCAAUAUCGAGCAUCUCAUUAUCAAGAAAGUCCAUCUCAUGGAAAACAAGUUCAAGGAGAACCGGAUCAAGGUGAAGACCAAAGAUCACCAAAUAACCAAGAAGAUUUUACCCAAUAUUAUAAUUAUCUUAGCGGAACCGAAAAUAUUUUUCCUUAA